AUGCAUCAACCACACGACUUUAUACGUCACCGAGUUCAUCACCAUCAUCAUCUGAAUCAAUUAAAUUCAACUACUUGUCCACUCGGUGGUCAACAUGGCGAUUUCGGAUGGUUUGCUCUUCAAUCUUUCAUAACCCUCAUCAAUGUUUCGGCCAUAUUCGCUAACAUCUUUUUCAUCGUCAUUUGUGUGAGAGCUGGUGUCAUGCAUCGUAACAUGAGAUUGAUGUUAUCAACGAUUUCCAUAUGUUUCGCGAUCAAUGCAUUAGCCGGCCUUUUAUAUAAUUUUUAUUUUUUUUAUCUGGGCAUCUAUGGAUUUCCAGCAACAUCGUCUACAAGCAUAUGGUGUUCUACAAUCAACGUGGCUAUGGUCCCUUGGGAUGCGGCCACAUGUCUUCUGAUGGUCGGUGUAGGGGCCGAAAGACUCAUCGCCACGAAAAGACAUAUUGCCUCAGGCGUUAUCUCUCUCUAUGUUAAAGCUAUUUUCCUGUUGGCUUGGAUAGCUGCCAUAUAUGUGACGAUCAGCUAUGUAAUGAAUCUUACAGACGAAGGGGUCUGCGUAUGUGACGGAGCAUCGUUAACUGAACGAUAUGCCAUGUUGCUACGUAUCUCCAUCUGUGCAGUGGUCGAAGCUGGAACGAUAUCACUAUUUGGUUAUGUUUUGAUCCUUAGUCGAAGUCAAGCUGAUGGCUUAGGAAUCAAUACAGCGAAAUACUCAUUGAGUAAGAGAUUUCAGAUUUAUGAAACAUAUCGGACAACUCAAAUGUUACUACCAUCAGCUGUCUUACAUGCCGUACUAUACUUAUCAUAUUUAUGUUUAUUAAUCCCAAUCAGAGAUCUGAGAGCAGAAGCUAAUUUGACGGUAUCAGAAUACAACCUUUCAACAAUUAUCUUCGCCUUUCCAUCAUUACAUGCUCUUGCUCACCCGAUUAUAUGCCUAAGAAGACAUUACUAUCUACGUCAACGUGUUGAUGACAUUAUCAAAAAACUUAUACCGAAAAGACAAAAAAUUGUUAUCCAGCCCAAUAUCAAAACAGAAGAAAGUAUUAAGCUGAAUGAUACUCCAGAGCUACAUUCCAGUCCAAGCUUCAGAUCAGAAACGGGACGAAUUGAAUAUCGAAUUGCUCCAGAACGGCAUGCAGAAAUCUUGGAAGCGUUCUGGGAAAAGAAGUAA